AUGGUCUCCAGCCAUCCUUGCUCCUACCUGGCUCCACCGAAUCUCGCCCUUUGCAAUACUCAACGUGCAGAUGCUGCUGAGCAACGUGUUGAGGCCGCCGAGCAACGAGCACAAGCUUUGGAAGGCCAAGUUUCCACGGUGGUCGAAACAAAUGCACAUUUGCAAAAAGAGCAGCAAUCCCAACGUGAUGAGCUUAGUUCUUUACAUCAAGCACAGAGUGGAGAAGUUGCUCGCCUAGUGAGAGAACAACUUGAUCAUCAAAUGGUUGAAUUAAUUGCACGCAUACAUUCUGGUGCCUCAGUCCCUAUCUUAGAGUUUAAGCCCUUUAUUGGUUGA